AUGACAGAUCUCUGUGAGGUAGGGAUGGAGGACCUGUGGAGUAUAGCGACUUUGUUGCUGCAGGUGUGGUUCUCCGUGAUGGUUGGGCUCAUCAUGAUACCUGCUAUGUUUGGCCUCUCCCUGGGGGUCACUUCGGUCUACAUUCAGAUUCUGGUCAAGAUACUGGAGGUAACUGUGCUGGAAGUUCUGGAAGAGCUCAAAUUCUGGAAUUCUGGAAUAGCUCACUAUUUCUUAUUUUAUUCUGAAACAUUUUAUUUAAGCAUAACCUCGUAUAGCAUCUAAUAAAGAACUAUGUUAUUCUGUUUGCGAACAGAUGAUUUAUGUAAAGCAAAAUCGUUUUUAUAUAAAUGCAUUAAUCGGAUACAAUUCAGGCUGCUGCAGGCUAUAUUCACUACUAUAUGUAGGAUUUUGUGCUGUGGUUGCUGUAUUCAUGUUGCCCCCUGACCCCUUAGAACAGACAGACAUAGUUCAUGUCCAAUGUGGGGCACGCCAGGCAGUUGGGCAAGUGCAGUAUGUAGAAAGCAUUGUGUGCGAGGUCAACUGAAAAUAUCUCUGUUCUAUGGGCAGUGGGCCACCCUGCGGAUCCAGAGAGGACACAGGGAUCGACCCACUCUGCCAGUGCCUGCUCCGCUACCCAAUGGUGAGUGACUUUAAACUCAAUACCCAUCAAUGAGUGAGUUCAUGCUGAGGUCUGGAGGGACCCUGUCUGUGUAACUUAUUAUGGAUGACUAUCAAACUGUAGCAUAAUCUUUAUUUUCUUCAUUAACUUUUGUUCCAAGCAAUUAUUUUCUAUGGUUCCUUCACUAUGAUCAAUGUCACCAUUUUUGCCCCUAACUGAAAUGUGAAUAGCCCUGUAAUAACUAUUAGGCUAAUUACACAGUAAUAAGGUAAUUGCACAUCCAGUAAGUUGAGCUGGGUUCUGAUGGUCUAUAGGAUCAAUAUUUGAAUUCAGUAGAACUGAAUUUCCAACAUCCCAUUGGCAUGUGGAGUCCUUGGUUCUGCUCUUAGACUAUAGUGUUCUGUAGUAUGAGGAAUUGAAUUCAGCUCUAUCUGGAAGGAGUAGAGUAGACCCUGCACAUGUGACUGUGUGUCAGUGUGGUGGCUUAUGAUUGGUCAGCUCAGCUGAUGUGGGGGUGCGGAGUGAUCAUCACGAGCUUCUAUACCCACAAAGUCAUAAAUAAAGUCUGCACAUUUCUACAAUUUAUCUUCUUAAAAAUAUAUUUUAAAAGUAACCAUAACCCUAACCUUAACCACACCGCUAACCUUACGCCUAACCCAAACAAAUGUAGCCAAGUUUGACUUUGUGGCUGUGGAAUCUGACUUUUGGGAUAUGGAAGCUAGUGGAUACCGUGCGGAGUGGAGCAGCCUUGUCCCACUCUGAUGAUGCAAUAGAGGAUUGCAUAACUUCAGGCAGAAAACUGACUAUGUGUGUAGCUUAACCCUCAACCCAUGCUGUGAAAUACUGUAUGCCCCCUUCAUCUGCUCUUCCUGGAAAUAUACUGUACAAUGUUUGAAAGAUGUCACGUCACCAUCUCCAGGGGAGCUAUGUUGAGUUAAAUUUGACACUUAUUAGACAUGUAUAUCACAUUCUAUUUUGAACUGCCUUGAAGAUUCCAAAAGAUUGGCUUUAUACUGGGGACAUUUUGUGGUGUCUCUAUAAGUUGUCUAUCUGUAAUCCUACCCUAUGUUGUUGAAUUAACACUCAAUCAUCUUUUGAUCACAGAAACAUUGGUAUUCUAAAUCAAGCGUGACAGGAAACUUAAAAAAGGACAGAGUUUUUCUUUGUAUGGAAGGACAAAAAGUCAAUGCAAUGUUGUGCAAUAAGAUUGAGCAAAUCAUUCAGCAGCAGAGAUGACAAAACCCACCAUGUUUUCUCCUUUCGUCUAAAACCCUUCUGUGAAAAUAAUACUAAAGUGUAUAUAACUGUAUAAUCAUGACACAAGCAAAUUGUUAACCAGUAAGUUAUUAGAAAAGUAUUCCGUGUUUUACUGGAGCAGGGUAAAAUACAGUACAUCAGUGCUGAGUACAGCGAAAAGGAAUGCGAGCUCUGUGCUCUCAGACGUACCUGGUACUGAUGGGCUAUGCCACAACAGUCCUCCCAUCGCAUUCCUCAUCGGCUUUACCUUCUCUGGGAUCUCUUUAUACCAAGAGAGGAAGAGCAUAGAUAGAUACAGUGCCUCAAUUAGUAGGUGUAUAUUUUACUCUUUACAUACAAUCCUUCCUAUACAUCCCCCACUCUACAGGCUAAUCCAUCAUAUUUAAUGUCCUACAUCUGAAAAUCUCUGACUAUGACUAAACCUACAGGUACAAAGUCAUGCUACCCACUCAGAGAUGUAUCUGUGCUGUUCCUCUCAUCUCUUCCCAGGACUCAUCCAGAGGGAGGGUGGCUCUAUGGAACAGGAGAUGGGGGAGCUGCGUCGGUAUCGUACCCAGUCCAUAUCCAGGGGAGACUUUGCGCUGAGCGACUCAUUCUACUUCUACAGAAAGGGCCUGGAGAGCAUCGUGGACGACCAGGUGACUCAGCGCUUCUCCUCUGAGGAGCUGGUCUCCUGGAACCUGCUGACCCGCACCAACCACAACUUUCACUACAUCAGCCUGCGCCUCACCGUCAUCUGGGGCCUGGGCGUGAUCAUACGUUACUGUGUCCUUUUCCCUCUCAGGUGGGUCUGACAACACCCCCCCCUUAACUCUAUCCAUCUCAGACCAAUCAAUUAAUAAUUAAAUUAAUAUGCCAUUUAGCAGACGCUUUUAUCCAAAGCGACUUACAGUCAUGCGUGCAUACAUUUUUGUGUAUGGGUGGUCCCGGGGAUCGAACCCACUACCUUGGCGUUACAAGCGCCGUGCUCUACCAGCUGAGCUACAGAGGACCACAAUCAACAGUUUGUUCAGUUCAGUUUCUGUCAACUGAUUUAUUGGAGUGCAAUUAUUACUAAUAUUAUUAUUAUUAUUAUUAGACACGAUUUGAAUGUAUAUAUAUAUACACUGCUCAAAAAAAUAAAGGGAACACUUAAACAACACAAUGUAACUCCAAGUAAAUCACACUUCUGUGAAAUCAAACUGUCCGCUUAGGAAACAACACUGAUUGACAAUACAUUUCACAUGCUGUUGUGCAAAUGGAAUAGACAACAGGUGGAAAUUAUAGGCAAUUAGCAAGACACCCCCAAUAAAGGACUGGUUUUGCAGGUGGUGACCACAGACCACUUCUCAGUUCCUAUGCUUCCUGGCUGAUGUUUUGGUCACUUUUGAAUGCUGGCGGUGCUUUCACUCUAGUGGUAGCAUGAGACGGAGUCUACAACCCACACAAGUGACUCAGGUAGUGCAGCUCAUCCAGGAUGGCACAUCAAUGCGAGCUGUGGUAAGAAGGUUUGCUGUGUCUGUCAGCGUAGUGUCCAGAGCAUGGAGGUGCUACCAGGAGACAGGCCAGUACAUCAGGAGACGUGGAGGAGGCCGUAGGAGGGCAACAACCCAGCAGCAGGACUGCUACCUCUGCCUUUGUGCAAGGAGGAGCAGGAGGAGCACUGCCAGAGCCCUGCAAAAUGACCUCCAGCAGGCCACAAAUGUGCAUGUGUCUGCUCAAACGGUCAGAAACAGACUCCAUGAGGGUGGUAUGAGGGCCCGAUGUCCACAGGUGGGGGUUGUGCUUACAGCCCAACACCGUGCAGGACGUUUGGCAUUUGCCAGAGAACACCAAGAUUGGCAAAUUCGCCACUGGUGCCCUGUGCUCUUCACAGAUGAAAGCAGGUUCACACUGAGCACGUGACAGACGUGACAGAGUCUGGAGAUGCCGUGGAGAACACUCUGCUGCCUGCAACAUCCUCCAGCAUGACCGGUUUGGCGGUGGGUCAGUCAUGGUGUGGGGUGGCAUUUCUUUGGGGGGCCGCACAGCCCUCCAUGUGCUCGCCAGAGGUAGCCUGACUGCCAUUAGGUACCGAGAUGAGAUCCUCAGACCCCUUGUGAGACCAUAUGCUGGUGCGGUUGGCCCUGAGUUCCUCCUAAUGCAAGACAAUGCUAGACCUCAUGUGGCUGGAGUGUGUCAGCAGUUCCUGCAAGAGGAAGGCAUUGAUGCUAUGGACUGGCCCACCCAUUUCCCAGACCUGAAUCCAAUUGAGCACAUCUGGGACAUCAUGUCUCGCUCCAUCCACCAACGCCACGUUGCACCACAGACUGUCCAGGAGUUGGCGGAUGCUUUAGUCCAGGUCUGGGAGGAGAUCCCUCAGGAGACCAUCCGCCACCUCAUCAGGAGCAUGCCCAGGCGUUGUAGGGAGGUUAUACAGGCACGUGGAGGCCACACACACUACUGAGCCUCAUUUUGACUUGUUUUAAGGACAUUACAUCAAAGUUGGAUCAGCCUGUAGUGUGGUUUUCCACUUUAAUUUUGAGGGUGACUCCAAAUCCAGACCUCCAUGGGUUGAUACAUUUGAUUUCCAUUGAUAAUUUUUGUGUGAUUUUGGUGUGAUUUUGUUGUCAGCACAUUCAACUAUGUAAAGAAAAAAGUAUUUAAUAAGAUUAUGUCAUUCAUUCAGAUCUAGGAUGUGUUAUUUUAGUGUUCCCUUUUUUUUUUUGAGCAGUGUAUAUAUAUUUUUUACAUUUGUUUUGAUCUUAUUUUCAGGAUAACCCUGGCAAUCAUAGGGUUGAGCUGGCUGGUGAUCGGGACAACUUUGGUGGGGUUUCUACCUAACAGGAGGUAACAACGAUGUACACAAUGUUUUAGAACUUUCAUAAACUGUGGUGAUAGGAAGAUUGAUAGGAACAUUGAAUGUUCCUAUCUCUUAUAACAGCUAGCUAGCUCGAGAGUUGAUAUACGGCUUGAGAGAAUAGAAUGUCCCUGGCUGUUACCGUACAUUGCUCUUGUGUUCUAGAGUGAAGAACUGGCUCAGUGAGUUAGUCCAUCUGAUGUGCUACAGGAUCUGUGCCAGAGGCCUCUCUGCCACCAUCCAAUACCACAACAAGUUAGUAUACAGCCAAAACUAACUAAAAUAAACAUUUAGGAAGUAAUAUUAGUAUCAACAUUUUCAAUGUCAUGAUGUCAUUGAAAUAAAUACUUAUUUUUUACAGAAAGAAUAAACCACAAAAAGGAGGAAUAUGCGUAGCGAACCACACCUCGCCUAUUGACAUUGUCAUUUUGGCCAAUGAUGGAUGCUACGCUAUGGUGGGUAACAUGAACAUGGCGGUGUCAACAUAUGACUGAAAUUUGAUAUCGUAUCCAUCACUUUUGGUUCUCUGCAGACUGGAGUUGUCAUGCUCACUGUGUCCGGAUUUAUUCCCAGGUGGGUCAAAGUCACAGUGGGCUGAUGGGGGUCAUCCAGAGGUCAAUGGUGAGGUCCUGCCCCCAUGUAUGGUUCGAGAGGUCGGAGAUGAGAGACCGACAUGCUGUUACCAGUAGGUGAGACGGCAAGUAAAUGGGAAAAGACAGCAGGAGAUGCAUUUAGUAUGUCUUUUUCAGUUGUCUUCUGUAAAGUGAAUGAAUCGCUUGCCAAUGUCGAUUUAUUGCUUGUGUAACGAUAUACAUUGCCAUUGCUGCCACUCAAUCAUCUCAUACAUUGUAUUGUUUUCAUCGUGAUUAGUGUUGUCCUGGUUAUUGAUCUCCCUCCCUCCAUCCUCUCCUAGAUUGAGUGCUCAUGUUGCAGCGAAGAGCAAUCUACCCAUUUUGAUUUUCCCAGAGGGUAAGUCUCUAUACUAGGACUUUAUUGUAGUCUAUAUACUAGGACUUUAGUAUAGUCUUCAUACUAGGACUUUAUUGUAAUGUCUAUACUAGGACUUUAUUGUAGUCUUUAUACUAGGACUUUAUUGUAGUCUUCAUACUAGGACUUUAUUGUAAUGUCUAUACUAGGACUUUAUUGUAGUCUUUAUACUAGGACUUUAUUGUAGUCUUUAUACUAGGACUUUAUUGUAGUCUUUAUACUAGGACUUUAUUGUAGUCUUUAUACUAGGACUUUAUUGUAGUCUAUAUACUAGGACUUUAUUGUAGUCUUUAUAUUUUAUUGUAGUCUUUAUACUAGGACUUUAUUGUAGUCUAGAUACUAGGACUUUAUUGUAGUCUAGAUACUAUGACUUUAUUGUAGUCUUUAUACUAGGACUUUAUUGUAGUCUAUAUACUAUGACUUUAUUGUAGUCUUUAUAUUUUAUUGUAGUCUUUAUACUAGGACUUUAUUGUAGUCUAGAUACUAGGACUUUAUUGUAGUCUAUAUACUAUGACUUUAUUGUAGUCUUUAUAUUUUAUUGUAGUCUUUAUACUUUAUUGUAGUCUAGAUACUAGGACUUUAUUGUAGUCUAGAUACUAGGACUUUAUUGUAGUCUAUAGACUAUGACUUUAUUGUAGUCUUUAUACUAGUUGUCUCAUCCACCUUCAACUGCUGUCUGGAAGGUGUGGUUGGGGUCAAUUCCAUUUAAUUUCAGUCAAUCCAUAAAGUAAACUCAUAUCCAAUUAUUAUUAUUAAUUUUUAAAUGCAAUCUACUUCCUGAAUUGACAAAGUUGAAAUGGAAUUGACUCCAACGCUCCUGGAAGUUUGUGGUUGUGGUUGUCUCAUUACCUUUUUAUCUCCUCCUGCAGGAACCUGCAUCAACAACACAUCGGUCAUGAUGUUCAAGAAGGGAAGCUUUGAGAUUGGAGGGACAAUAUACCCAGUUGCAAUCAAGGUACUCGCUGCAGUCUUCAGUAAAUUGUCCAUUGUCUGAAUCUCUGAAAUGCCUCUCUUGUGUUCUAACCCGGGCUCUGUCAUCAAUCAGCAGUUACUAUAUGACAGUAAAGAUUGUUACAUAUUGACCUUCACUUGUUACAUGUUGACUUUGUCGGCUAUUGUUUUAUAUCAUUUUCAUGUAAAUGCCUUUUGAUCAGUGGAGGCUGCUGAGGGGAGAACGGCUCAUAAUAAUGUCCGGAACGGAGCAAAUGGAAUGGCAUCAAACACCUGGAAACCAUUCCACUUAUUCCGUUCCAGUCAUUACCACGAGCCCAUUCUCCCCAAUUAAGGUGCCACCAACCUCCUGUGCUUUUGAUUAAUAUUAGCUUGGAUGUCCUUUCUCCUUCCCUGUUAGUAUGACCCUCGUUUUGGAGAUGCCUUCUGGAACAGUGCCAAGUACAACAUGGUGAGCUACCUGCUGAGAAUGAUGACCAGCUGGGCCAUCGUGGUCAACGUGUGGUACCUGCCCCCAAUGACCAGACAGGUAGAUUGUCACACUCUAUAUACUGUAUUACUGCUACUUCCUCCCAUGACCAACAGGUUGGACCUUAUGUUGUGUUUUAUUCACAAACCUUUAUAGAGUACACACUCCUCUUACCCCAGGACCAUAGACAUACAUAAGACUCCUCUCUAUAUAUAUUUUUUUAUCAUAUCUUUCUUCAUUGCCACUUUGGAUAGGAAGGGGAAGAUGCUACCCAGUUUGCCAACAGAGUGAAGUCUGCUAUCGCACAUCAGGGAGGGCUAUUGGACAUGGCAUGGUAAGGAAACCCUCAGUAAACUUUAUUCUCACUAAAGAUCCCUUAAAACAUGUCAUUCUAUCAUAAUAGAGUUCUGGGAUCAAAAGAAAAUGUGCUGUGAACCAUACUGUACUAUAAUAAUGUGUUACAAGUAGGCUGUACUUGGCAGCUAAAAUCUGAAUUGCAGUACACAGCACAUAGAAGUAAACAUAUCUCGAGGUGCUUAAAAAGCAAAACAAACAGCAACAAAAAAUGUGAAUGACAUGAGUAUAUGUCUGGACUACAAAGUUCUGAGUAGGCUACUUCAAAGUUCUGAGUAGCCUACUUCAAAGUUCUGGGUAAGCUACUUCAAGGUUCUGAGUAGGCUACUUCAAACCUCCAACAGAUGGAGCGACAGUCAAUAGCACAAGGCUUGAACAGAGGGAGGUGCAGGGGGUCAACAGGGAGAGCUGAGCAACCAGAUCAGGUCGUCCGGGGGCAGGUACCUCAAGCUGGGUGUCUCGCCGUCCGCGUCUUCUCCGUGCGGUAGGACACUUGUAGAAUGAGAUCGAUGCCGUUGGUCCCCAUUCACUCAGGAUACAGUACACUCAUAACUUUGGAGGAAUGCUCUUGAGCGAUGAAUUUCUCACUGCCAACUCGCCACUGCAUUGUAGGCCCCCUCUUGGAUCAAGGAGACCGUAGAAACAUCCCAAUGUAGGCUGAUUAAUUCAAAUCAAAAUAGCUAGCUAGCUAGCAUUGUUAGCUAGCCAUCUUGAAAAGCUGUUUUACCAUUCAUUCUCGGGCAGGAAACAAAAAUUAUGUAAUCCAGACUAAAUCUAUACUAGUUUGGCUAUUCAAAAAACAUGAAAUAUUUAGAAAAUAUACAGGAGCUCUCUGCCUAGGCUGCCAAAAGGGCGCCAUGGCAACUGUAGAACAUGUCUGUCUCUCUCUCUACAGGGAUGGGAGCUUGAAGAGAGACAAGGUGAAAGAAGAAUUUAAAGAGCAGCAACAGAAGAUGUACAGCAGUAUGGUUGUGGGAAAGAAAGGUAGAAACUCACAAGAGCCUCACACAGCGAGCACCAGGAGACAAUGCCAUUGGAAUUAACACUGUGGACAAUCUCUGACAGUGGGCGAUAA